AUCGGUGGACACUUCCACCCCUUCCGUCGCCGCCGCCCGUUCCACUAUCGGGCGCUACCAUCCCUUCCGCCACCGCACCAUGGCGACGCCGCUAGGAUCCCAGGACGGACACUCCGGCGCCUCCCCGUGCGGCGGCCGCCACCGCUGUACUGCGUGCUGGUCCAGCGACCCUAGCCGUCCUGGGGACGCCAUCGCCGUCGCCUGGUCUCCAGCGUCCAUCCGUUUAGCCGCUGCAGGUCCAGCUACUCCAGCCGUCCCUCCGCUUCACACUCCAGACAAGGAGGACGAACCGAUCAGGCGGACCGACGGUCGCCUUCCUCCGCUCCACGCACCGACCACCGACGAUGGUGUUUUUUUACUGGUUAUUAAGCGUUCUGCACAUUCUUAGACGGCUGCACCCGAGGUGCUUCUGGCUACUGCUGGUGGAUGUCGUCGAUGCGGGAGAGGGCUGUUCUGCUGCAG